AUGAGCGGUAAACCCAACAAUGACCUCGAUCGUUUCAAAUACGAUGAGAUGUCCAAUAAGGUCCUCAAGGCGGACCGUAGAUUUGUUUCUAAAAGAAAUGACCAAGACAGUAUUAAAUCUCAACCAAAGUCGUUAAAAGGGCAAAUAUCUAAGAAGGAAAUGGGUUCUAGGAUUCGUGAACAGAAAGCCUACGAGAAUUUAGAAGAUGGUGAUGCUAAUAGCGAGAAACAAAAGCUCAAGAAACAAUAUGAGAAAGAAGAAAAACGAUUCGAGGAAAAAAAGAAGAAAUCACAAACCCAUGGUUUACUUGGAUCUGGCACUUCCUUAUUGGAUUCUAAUAUUGAAGGAUUGCUCUAUUACCCGAAAAAUGAAGAUACAAAAAAGACAUAUGAAUCAAUACUGCAGUGGGUGUAUAAUGAAUUUUCUCAAGAAGCAACACAUGAAGUCAUUAGAUCGGCAGUUGAUGCGCUUCUUUCAAUAUUAAAAGAUGAGUCUAUUGCAAAUAAGAAGAAAGAAUGCGAGAAAAUAUUGAAUGUGUGUCUAUCAGAUAAUAAUUUUAACCAGUUACUGGAAUUAUGUGAACAAAUAACAGAUUACCACCAACAGGGCGAGCAGGCGAGUCAUGGGGACGACGGAGAUGCCAUGACAGUAUUGUUUGAAGAUGAAGAAAAGGAAGAAGAAGAGGAGGAUGGGGAGGAAGAAGAUGUGCAUCAGGACGGCAUAGUAGAAGAUAAAGAAGUGCUCACGGAGGAACAAGACAAAGCCAUGAAUAUUGAUGGACUUCAUGAUGAGACUGAGGUUUUGAAAUUUCAAGAUUUUACGAAAAGGAAGCUUAUGGUGGAAAGUAUCGAUCCACAGUGGAUUAAAACCAGUCUUAGAGAUGUCUUGCAUAGUUUAGAAUCAAAUAGGAUGGAUGAUUUGUCACUGAAGAUUUUCAAGAUAUUGUCAGACUAUAAAUCAAUUAGUGAUGCGAACUUGAGAGCAGAAUUAUCAGAACUAUUAAAGGACAAUACUGAAAACAAAGACCUUGCUAAUUUUAUCAGCUUAUUAUGCGAUAAUCGAUAUAAAAUUGUUUUCAGGCUACAGUUAUUGGAAUUUGAAGAAGACGAAAUGGGAAAAUUGAAAGUAAUACAAGAGAUGAAUGAUUUGGAACUAUACUCUUUGAUGGAAGAAUUCGAGGAAUUCGAAAAUAGCUUGUCAAAGAAACAUACAAAAAAGCGAAAAUUGAAUAGCGGAGAAGCUACUAAGCAAUCUAAUAGUGAAUCUGCUCAAUCAAAGGCUAUUGAAGAGCCUAUCAUUACAAAAAGACAACCGAAGUACGUUCAGUUAGAAUCACUAAAGUUUGAUCAGGGCUCUCAUUUGAUGACUCAAUCAAAAAUUAAUUUACCUAAAGGAUCUUUGAAGAAAGUUAAGAAAUCUUAUGAAGAAAUCCAUGUUCCAGCACCAGCGAAACCAGAUAUGUCUCACUUGAAGUUGGUUCCUAUUAAAGAUCUCCCAGAAUGGGCUCAAGUGGUUUUCCCGGAAUCAGAAACCAACACAUUGAACCCAAUUCAAUCAUCAGUCUAUUCAACAGCUUUUGGUUCAGAUAAUAAUAUUCUUUUAUGUGCCCCUACCGGUGCUGGUAAAACAAAUGUGGCAAUGUUGACAAUGCUUCGUGCUAUUCACAACUUUCGCAAUCCAGAAUCAGGAAAAAUCAAUUCAAAUAAUUUCAAGAUUGUUUACAUCGCUCCAUUGAAAGCCUUGGUACAGGAACAGGUUAGAGAAUUUUCCAGAAGAUUGAAACUGUUAGGAUUGACAGUUGGAGAAUUAACCGGUGACUCCUCAAUGACGAAACAACAAAUCAAAGAAACUCAAGUGAUUGUCACCACUCCUGAAAAAUGGGAUGUUAUCACCCGAAAAAACAAUGAUACAAGCUAUACUAAUCUUGUGACAUUAAUCAUUAUUGAUGAAAUUCAUUUAUUGCAUGAUGAAAGAGGUCCAGUCUUGGAGAGUAUUGUUGCAAGAACUUUAAGGCAAGCGGAAGAUUUGGAUACACGUAUUAGAUUAGUUGGCUUGUCUGCCACCUUACCAAACUAUAAGGACGUUGCUGAGUUUUUACAAGUGGAUUUUGAUAGUGGAUUGUAUUAUUUCAAUGCUAGCUAUAGACCUUGUCCUUUGGCUCAACAAUUUAUUGGGAUUACAGAACAAAAAGCCAUUAAAAAAAUUAAUGCGAUUAAUGAAGCCUGUUAUGAUAAGGUUCUUGAAAAUGCUGGUAAGUUUCAAGUAAUUAUUUUUGUUCACUCAAGAAAGGAUACUGUGAAGACCGCCACUUAUUUGAGAGACAAACUACUUGAAUCAGAAAACUUGAAUCGUCUUUUGAAAACUGAUAUGGGCUCACAGGAAAUUUUAAAACAAGAAUCUGAGGUUGUGAAGGAUCCAGGGUUGAAAGAUUUGAUCCCAACAGGGUUUGCUGUCCACCAUGCGGGCUUAUCCAAAGAAGAUCGUUCAGUUGCUGAAGAUUUAUUUGCUGAAGGGUAUGUUCAAGUUCUUGUUUCUACCGCGACCUUAGCUUGGGGUGUCAAUUUGCCAGCCCACACAGUCAUUAUUAAGGGUACUCAGGUAUAUUCACCAGAAAAGGGUGCUUGGACGGAACUUUCCCCUCAGGACAUUCUACAAAUGUUAGGUAGAGCUGGUAGACCAAGAUAUGAUAAAAACGGUGAAGGUAUUAUUAUUACAUCGCAUAGCGAAAUGCAAUAUUAUUUGGCAAUCUUGAAUCAACAAUUGCCAAUCGAAUCUCAGCUUGUGAGUAAACUCGUGGACAACUUAAAUGCAGAAAUAGUUGGAGGCACAAUUAAAUCUUUGAAAGAAGGUGUCGAAUGGUUAGGUUACUCUUAUCUUUAUUAUAGAAUGUUACACUCUCCAAGUGUAUAUCAUGUGGGGGCUGAUUAUGCUGACGAUGUGGAAUUGGUUAACAAACGAACAGAUUUAGUCCAUUCUGCAUUAAUGGAUUUAACUACAAAUAAUCUUGUUGUAUAUAAUCAAUUGAGCGGUGAGGUAUCUCUGACAGAACUUGGAAAAAUUGCUUCCUAUUAUUAUAUCAACAAUGAAUCUAUGAACGUUUAUAUUGAUAAUUUGAAGCCGUUUUUAUCUCCUGUUGAUUUGCUUCGGGUCUUUGCUUUAUCAGGUGAGUUCAAAUACAUUCCUUCUCGCCAGGAGGAAAAAUUCGAAAUUAAGACUCUCAUUGGUAAAGUUCCAAUUCCCGUUAAGGAAUUAGAAGAUGAUCCAUUGGCUAAGGUGAACGUUUUGUUACAGGCUUAUAUUUCAAGACUAAAAUUAAAUGGAUUUGCUUUGAUGUCUGAUAUGAUCUAUAUCACACAAUCUGCCAACAGAAUCUUUAGAGCAAUUUACGAAAUUUGUUUGAGAAAGAAUUGGGCUCAACUAGCUAAGACUACUUUGGAUUUGUGCAAAAUGAUUGAACGUAGGAUUUGGUUAUCCAAUUCUCCUUUUCGCCAAUUCACUGAUUGCCCAUCUGAGAUAAUUAGAAAAACAGAAGCUUCUAGAGUUCCAUGGUCGUACUACUUAUCACUCGAAACUCCUCAAGAGAUAGGCCAAGCUAUUGGGACAGAAAAAUUUAGCAGAAAAGCAUUUGAAAUGAUACAACAAUUUCCAAAGGUUAGAAUUCCCGAAAUUGAAGUUUUGCCAAUCACUACCAGUCUAUUAAAGUUUGAAUUGACAAUUAUGCCAGAAUGGGAAUGGAAUUAUGAAAUUCAUGGUGCCAGUGAGAGGUUUUUAUUGCUAGUGGAAGAUGUGAAUGGUGAAAAGAUUUUGUAUAAUGAUAUUUUUUUAGUCAGACAGGAAUUUGUCAAUGAACAACAUUUUGUUGAGUUCACCAUCAACUUGCCGGUUAGUGAUUCCAACAAACAGCAGAUUAUUCCACCAAACUAUUUUAUCACUUUGAUUUCGGAAAGAUGGUUGAAUUGUGAAUACAGAACCCCAGUUACAUUCUUUAAUAUCAAAUUACCAAAGAAGUUUUCUACCCCAACAGAGGUUGUGGAUAUGCCAUUAGUUCCUUCCAGUCAAUUAAAGAUGAAGGAAUUUGAAAAAUAUUUCACAAAGGUUAGGAAUUUCAAGAAUUUCAAUAGGUUGCAAUCUCAAGUUUUUGAUGCUGUGUACAAUUCGAAUGAUAAUAUUUUCUGUGGUAUUUCUAAAGGCUCAGGUAAAACUCUUAUCGCAGAAUUGGCAAUCUUCAAUUAUUGGAAAUCACAAAAGCCUGGAAGGGUGAUUUACAUUAACCCGAAUGAAGAACAAGUUGAUAGUUUGUAUAGGUUAUGGACCAAGUAUUUUUCUGGGAUUGCUGGUGGUAAACAAAUAGCAAAAUUGAGCUCCAGUGGUGAAUUAGCUAUCAAUUCAAAGAAAGUUGCUGACAACCAUUUGAUUUUGUCCACUCCAGAAAACUUCAACCUUUUGAUUAAAAGAUGGACCAAACAACGGAAAAUUAUCAGUAAGAUUGAUUUAUUGAUUCUCGAUGAUGUACAUACUGUCGGACAAGGUGUCAUCGGUGCUGCUUAUGAAGCCAUUGUCUCCACCACCAGGUUUGUGAUGAACCAAUUAGAAAAAGAAGACGAUUUCAGAGUGGUUGCUUUAGGCUCUUCCAUUGCUAAUGGUAGAGAUUUUUCUGAAUGGUUAGGUGUAUCGAAGGGCAAGAUUUUUAAUUUUGCUGCCACUGAAAGAAGUCAACCUAUUGAAAUUCAUUUAAGAUCCUUGAAUAUCAACCAUUAUCCAUCGUUCGUCACAUCGUUAUUGAAGUCAAGCUACAAAUACGUCAAACAAUAUGUGGAGAGUAGUGGUGGAAAAACAUUAGUAUUUUCAUCUACUAGAAAGCAAGCCAUUGAUAUUGCAACUAACUUCAUCAAAUUUGCAAAACAUGAUAACUAUUCUUUUGCAGGCGCUCAAAUGGCUACAAAACAUGAAAAGUUGAUUGAUCAAAUUUCAGACACUGUAUUAAAGAGUUUAUUGCGCAAUGGUUUUGGUAUUUAUUACAAGAAUAUGGCUGAAGCUGACAGAUUAAUUACUGAUCGUUUGUUCAAUGCUCAUAUUAUCAAAGUUAUCUUUGCUAGUAGAGAAGCUUGUUAUUUCACUCCUCAGGCUAAUCUUGUGAUGGUUUUGGGAACACAAUAUUUUGAAGGAUCAGAGCACAGAUAUGUUGAUUAUACUGCAAGUGAGUUGUUAGAAAUGAUUGGUAACGCAGUGCGAAACUCUGCCGUGAACGAAUAUUAUGAUGAGGCCUUGGGAAAAGCAGUUAUAUUUACAACCACUGGUAAAAGAGAAUAUUAUAAGAGAUUCUUGAAUUUUGCGAUUCCAGUGGAAAGCAAUUUCAAUUAUUUCAUCAAUGAUUCUUUUAUCGAUGAAAUUGCUAGCGGUGUCAUUUCUACUAAGCAAGAUUGUAUGGAUUGGUUAACCUACAGCUUCUUUUACAGAAGGCUACAAUUGAAUCCUAGUUAUUACGGAGUCAAGGAUACCACCCCUCUUGGCUUAUCUGAAUAUUUGUCUGAAAUGAUUGAAGAUUCGUUGAAAGAACUAGAAGAUGCUAAAAUGAUCGAGAUUGAAGAAGAAGAAAAUGAGGAAGCAGAAGAAGAAGAAGCAGAAGAAGAAGAGAAGAUCAGCCCUUUGAAUGGUGCUUUGAUUGCUUCUCACCAUGGUGUCUCAUUUACUACCGUUCAAACAUUUAAUGUUAACUUAUUGGCCAAAUCGAACUUAAAAUUCCAAAUGAGGUAUUUACUUGAGAUCUUGUCACUUGCGUCAGAAUUCGGGUCUCUAGUGACAAUCCGGAAAAACGAGUCGUCGAUCUUGAACAGGCUAUACAACAGAAUUCCUUUGAAGUCAUCUUCAUUUACAAAAUCACCUACGAGUUUUGAAAGCUCCAUUAGUUUGAAGAUUUUUAUUUUGAUCCAAGCUCAUUUCUUGAGAUUCAGUUUAUCACCUGAACUCCAAUCUGACAUGAAAAUUAUUUUGUCAGUUGUUCUUAAGCUUUUGAACUGCAUGAUUGAUUUGUUGUCAAGUGAUGGUAAUUUAAUUGUAUUACGCUUGAUGACGUUAUCACAGCUAAUCAGUCAAGCAGUUUGGGAAAAGGAUGAAUCAAUUUCUUUGAAGCAAAUACCUUUUAUAAAUGAGAAAAUAUUGAAGAGAUGUGAUGAGAUGAAAAUUAGAAAUGUCAAUGAAUUUAUUGAGAUCGAUGAUGACAAUGAAAAGUUGAAGCUUUUGGGUAAAGAUAUUGCUGAUGAUGAGUUCAAAUUAAAUAAAGUGAUUAAUUUCUUGAACAAUUAUCCAAUUAUAAAUAAUGUGACUUACAGGAUCAAUGAUGAAGAAAAUUUGAAUACUAGUGAUGAUAUUGCUAUUUCAGUGACAAUACAGAAAGACGAGGGCGUUGAAGAUGACGAGGAAUUGAUCAUCAAUUCUGAGUUUUAUCCCUUCGAGAAAUUUGAGAAUUGGUGGAUUGUGAUUGGUGAUAUAAACACCAGGACUUUAUAUGCUAUUAGAAAAGUGGUUCUUAAAAAAGAAGAACAGACUUUUAAGUUAUCAUUCAAUGUGAACGAAGCAGGUAAACAUGAUUUGAAUAUUUGGCUUGUUUGUGAUUCCUAUUAUGAAACUGAGGAAGUGAGUUUUUCUAUAAGUGUUGCUCAAGCAGAAGAUAAUAGUGAAGAAGAAGAGGAGGAAUGA